AUGUAUAAGAGUUUAGACACAGAGAUAAAUAAACCAAUUAUGAUUCAAUUUGCAAACUUUGGCGAUAUUGUUGGCAUUAAUGAUGAGCAACAAAAUAUAUUAUUAAUAGCAGAUCUGAAUUGUGAUCAUGCUUCUUCAUCUUUAAAAACGUACGAGGAAAGGAAAUUAUUCCGAUCGCCGUUACAAUGGAUUUUAAUUACAAACGAAGACAAGAAUAAAAGUGGAAAUAUUUUUGACUUUUACAAUAACAUCGAUAUUUUAUUGGACGUUGAAGUUAUUAUAGCGCAGAAAAUACAGGACAAAUACGUUAUUGAAUACGUCUACAAGAUAAGUAAUCAAUCACGUUGGAGGUCUGAAUUUUUCGGAGAAUGGAGCUCAGGUCACGGCUUACAAAAACAUAAAGAUUGGGUCGGAGUGGCUGCAGUUCGGAGGAGAAUUCUCGAUGAACAUAUUAUCAGUGUCUGUUACGUUCUAACAGAUACUGAUAGCAUAAAUCAUUUAACAGAUGGAGAGAACGAUCAUAUAGACACGAUAACAAAAGUUAAUUUUCCCACAACAAAUCAUCUGUUAGAUUUUCUUAACGCGAGCAGGAAAUAUAUCUUUACUGACACAUGGGGAUAUAGAAUCAAUAAUACAUGGAAUGGAAUGACUGGAUACUUGCACAGAGGUGAAGUUGAAAUUGGAGGCUCACCCAUGUUCUUUACGUCACAACGAAUUUCCGUCGUAGAAUAUAUUUCGAGUCCAACACCAACACGAUCGAAGUUCGUAUUCCGGCAACCAAAACUUUCAUAUGAAAAUAAUCUGUUUGUUCUAUCUUUUCAAAAGUAUCUCUGGUAUGGCACGGCAGCUCUGAUUGUUCUCCUAUUUUUAUUCUUAUUUAUUGUCACUAUUUGGGAGUGGAAAAUUUCCGGCAAGCAUUCAUCGGUAGAAGUUGGUAAUUCGUCCGUGCUUCAGCCUAAUGUAUUUGAUGUUGCAUUAUUAAUAUUCGCGGCCUCUUGUCAGCAAGGGACACAUGUGGAACUCAAAGGUUCUUUAGGACGUAUUGUGCUACUGCAACUUUUCGUUGCGGUAACAUUUCUAUACACGUCCUACUCUGCGAAUAUUGUCGCUCUAUUGCAAUCCAGCUCCUCCCAGAUACGAUCCCUAGAUGACUUACUACAUUCUAGACUUGCAUUUGGAGUUCACGAUACUGUUUUCAACAGAUACUACUUUUCAGUUGAAACGGAGCCAAUUAGGAAAGCGAUAUAUCAAACGAAAAUUGCACCAGCUGGAACCAAACCAAGGUUUAUGAAUAUGGAGGAGGGGAUUAAGAAAAUGCGAAAGGGAUUAUUUGCUUUUCACAUGGAAACUGGGGUAGGUUACAAAUUUGUUGGCAAAUACUUUCAAGAGGGAGAAAAGUGUGGACUGAAGGAAAUCCAAUAUUUGCAAGUUAUAGAUCCUUGGCUUGCAGUCAGAAAGGACACGCAAUUUAUGGAGAUCUUUAAAAUUGGGACUAAACGCCUCCAAGAACAUGGAUUACAGCAAAGAGAGAAUCGUAUGUUGUACGAAAAGCGACCGAAGUGUUUGGGAAGACAAGAGAAUUUCGUAUCAGUCAGCAUGGUAGACUGCUAUCCAGCAAUUCUGAUACUAUCUUAUGGCUGCCUUUUGGCUGUGAUAUUGCUAAUUCUAGAAAUUCUCAAUAACAACAGAAAUAUUUUGAAGAAUACAUCAUGCGUAAAAAUAUUCAAAUCAAAUAAUCUGAAGCUAUACCGCAAAUUAAAUAAAGGCCACUUAUCCAAAGUAAUGGACUGUAUGAAAAAUGCAUAUGAAAUUGAAAACGUACCGCAUCAGGAAUUGAUGAUUCUAGUGGACGGAAAAUGUUUGCAAUGCAAUCAUUUUCUAGAAAAAGUAAAAUAUUUCGGCUCUUGGACAACACAAGGAGGCUUAAACAAAGCUAAGGCUAUGAUAUUAUAUUCUACUUCAAUGAGGCGCAAAAAUUUAAUGGGCAUUCCUAUAACAACUUCGAGUGUUAUAAGCGAAGAAAAUACGAAAAAUGAAAUAAUGAGCUUAAGGAACAUUUUUGUGGACACAGUCGCUAAAACCAGUUAUCGGCAAAUAAUUCCACUUUUCGAUUUCAUGAAUGCCACUAUGGUUACAAUAUUUACUGAUACUUGGGGGUAUAUUAUCAAUGGAUCGUACAAUGGUAUGGUUGGUGAUAUAGUUCGUGGGAACGCAGAUUUAGCUGGUACCCUAGGCCGUGUGGUGAUGUUCAUAUUAUUCUUUGCUUUCGUCUUCUUGUAUACUUCAUAUUCAGCUAACAUAGUUGCAUUGCUACAAUCAAACUCGAACCAAAUCAGGACUCUCGGUGAUCUUUUGAACUCCAGGCUUGAACUAGGCGCCGAAGAUACCACGUAUAAUAGAUAUCAUUUUUCGACGGCCAGUGAGCCCAUAAGGAAAGCUAUUUAUCAAACCAAAAUAGCCCCUCAAGGAUCGAAAGCAAAUUUCAUGAGCUUAGAGGAAGGCGUUAAGAAGUUACAAACGAAACCAUUUGCAUUUAACAUGAACCUAGGCACUGGAUACAAAAUAGUUGAGAGAUACUUUCACGAACAUGAGAAAUGUGGUCUUCAAGAGAUUCAAUACAUUCAAGAAAGCAAAGCCUGGCAAACUUGUCGUAAGAACUCGCCCUAUAAGGAAAUUUAUAAGAUUGGCCUCAUGAGAAACCAAGAACAUGGACUGAAUGAUCGAGAGAAUCGGAUGGUCUACGCGAAGAAACCUAUGUGUGCUUUCCGUGGCAGCAGUUUCGAUUCAGUCAAUAUGGUUGAUUUUUAUCCAGCUCUACUUUUGUUGGCAUAUGGAUGUAUUUUAUCUGUAUUAUCUCUCUUCAUUGAAAUUGUGUAUUGGUUCAGAGCCACACGUAAAUAUCAUCAUAGACUAUAA